GAGAAGACAAGGGAGCUAGAGAGCAGGAGGUCUUGGGAGGAGGAGACAAGGAAGCUAGAGAGCAGGAGGUCUUGGGAGGAGGAGACAAGGGAGAUAGAGAGCAGGAGGUAUUGGGAGGAGCAUAGAGGACGGUUUGGGUGAUAUUUUGAGACAAGAUUGGUGAUGUAAUUUGGGGCGGAGUUAUAAAUGGCUUUAUAUGUUAUUGUUAAUGUUUUCAAUUGUAAUCGUUAGGCAAUGGGAAGCCAGUGGAGGGAUUGGCAGAGAGGGGUGGAGGACACUGAGUGGAAGCCAGUGGAGGGAUUGGCAGAGAGGGAUGGAGGACACUGAGUGGAGGCUGGUGGAGAGAUUGGCAGAGAGGGGUGGAGGACACUGAAUGGAGGCCAGUGGAGGGAUUGGCAGAGAGGGGUGGAGGACACUGAAUGGAGGCC